AUAGCAAGUUUGCAUGAAAGAUUGAGAUAAGAAUAGCAAAAGUUUUUUUGGGAGCAUCUCAUCCGUGACAUUGAGCGUGGGCGCAUCGAUCUCGACACGAACAUGCCAUUGUUGCACCAUUUCUGUAAGAAGUUGGACUCGUGUCGAUGUAGAAAUCUUUUUAAACUGAUCUCGAAUUGAUUCUAACGAGACCUGUAUGAUAAUUUCUCUCUUUCCAGAUUUUCGAAAAUGCCGAUGCCGCUUUUUCAUAGGUGACUCCGGGCUGAUUCAGAAAAUCCAAAACUUCUAGCUUCGUCUUCACGUCCAAACGCUUGCGUUUAGACAUGUGUGAAUAAUAACGGGUGCAGAUUAAGAGAGAAAAAACUCCCACCGAACAGGGACAGAUUGCGUCGCGAGAGAAACAAACGGCCACCUAAUGAAUAACAACUGUGACAGAUUGCACCGAGAGAGAAAGAAGCGUCCAACGAGCGCACUGUGACAAAUUGCAGCGAGAGAGAAAGAGGAGCUCACCGAACGCAAAUAACGCGGGACAGGAUUGCAUAUCCUCUUGUGAGUUACACCUCCGAAUAGUGACAUAAAACCCUAGAUCGGUUAUGUGUCGCUAUUGGGAGGUUUAACUCUGUAUAGGGCUUCGGGGGAUUGCUCCCUGGUAUUGUGCUUUCAUCGAGCAUGGGCUCCCCUCCGAACGCAGCGUGCGCUGCCUGCAAGUUCCAGCGUCGGAAAUGCGCUGUGGACUGCUUGCUGGCGCCGUGGUUCCCUCCGGACCAGCCCAGGCGUUUUGCCAACGCGCACAGACUCUUCGGAGUAGCGAACAUAUUGAGGCUUAUACGAGAGAAUCGGAGCUCCGUCGAGGAUCUGAUGAAGAGUGUCUGCUUCGAGUCUGACACUCGGGAACGAGAUCCUGUCAAUGGAGCGUACGGGACAUUACGACUUCUUCAGCGAGAGGCCGAGAGACUGGAGGAGGACAGAACGGCUUUGUCCGAGAGGCUAAGGAUACUGUUGCUGGAGGAUGCUGCUGCCAACAAUGUCAACAACGCACCGCAUACCCAUACUGCCUACAACGCGGUGCCUCCAGAGUAUUACGCACAUGCACGGCCUACUCAGGUCGCCUUUACAGAGGCAACGCCAGCGCUGCAAGACAACGAUGUUUAUCAUAUGCAGCACCACCACCACCAGCAUCAACAACAGCAGCAUCAGCAUCAUCAGCAUCAUCAGCAGCAACAGCAGCCGCAUCAACAACAGCAACAACUGCAUUAUAUGCAGAUGCCCCAGCAUCAGAUGCCUUCUCUAGAGUAUUUUGUUAAUUUCAACGCCAGUGGUGGCUUUACUCCGGUGCAAGCAACGGACGCGUCGACCUCUCAUCCACUUAUGCAGCUUACGGAUAGAAGUGCAGAAGUGCCUCUUCAUCGGGCCUCUUCUUCGUACACUGGAACAGCAGCGAGAGACUUUCUCUCCCUCACAAACAACUCCAACUCUCGCUUUUAUUGACUUUUGUCGUAAUUGCAGAUAAUGUAAUUGUACAUAAUCGUUACUCCUCCACAUGCUGUGUCUUCCCAGGAAUUUUGUUUAGAUAUCUCCUCCACGGCAAUAGAUCUUUCCAGACGCACAUGCUGUGUCUUCCCAGGAAUUUUGUUUAGAUAGCUCCUCCACGGCAAUAGAUCUAUCCAGAGGCACAUGCUGUGUCUUCCCGGGAAUUUUGUUUAGAUAGCUCCUUCACGGCAAUAGAUCUUCCCAGACGCACAUACUGUGUCUUCCCAGGAAUUUUGUUUAGAUAGCUCCUUCACGGCAAUAGAUCUUCCCAGACGCACAUACUGUGUCUUCCCAGGAAUUUUGUUUAGAUAGCUCCUUCACGGCAAUAGAUCUUCCCAGACGCACAUACUGUGUCUUCCCAGGAAUUUUGUUUAGAUAGCUCCUCCACGGCAAUAGAUCUAUCCAGAGGCACAUGCUGUGUCUUCCCAGGAAUUUUGUUUAGAUAGCUCAGGUACAUAGUCAGAUACAUAAUCGUUGCUCCUCCACAGCUAUAGAUAUAUCCAGACGCUCGCGCAUGCAGUGUAUUCCAAGGAUUUUACAUAUAAUGACAAUCUAAUAAAAAAACGUGGCUGAUUCAAUCGCCCGACACAAGCUGCCCUGUAUUACCGUGAG